CAAAUGUACUUGCCACAAACCAGUUCCGCGCAAUGUAAACUCUGUGUUCACUACAAACGUUUUUAACCAGCUAAGAACAUCUUUUAUGUGGUUUUAAUAGAGAGUUUCGGGGACCGAUGUAUUUUAAGGUGGCGAUACCGAUCCUGCUUCUCUGCUCCGCGGUUAUCAGAAGAACUGAUGGAUGGGGAGCAGAGGUGACAACACCUGAAGGGGCUAUAGAUUUUGAUCCAGAUGACAACAAACCUGACCUUGACGUUGAACCACCUCCUCCAACUACUACAACUACUACUACAACUACCACUACUACUACUCCAACUACUACUACCACCACUCCAACUACUACUACCACCACCCCCACUACUACUACCACCACCCCGACUACUACUACAACCACUCCAACUACCACGAUAACCAUCUUGGAUAUUACUACCACCACUCCAACAACUACUACAACAACUCCAACUACUACUACCACCACCCCAACAACUACUACAACCACUCCAACAACUACUACAACCACUCCAACAACUACUACAACAACUCCAACUACCACUACCACCACUCCAACUACCACUACUACAACUCCUACUACUACCACUAGUCCAACAACCACUCUCCCGAAAAAGAACUGUAGCAUCAACGUAGAUGAUGAAUGCUUAGAGUCAAAACAGCUGUUAUUGGACCUACCAGACACAAAGGAACUCCUUAUAUUCCAAAUACGUCUGCGUUACGCCUUGAUGUUGGAUAAGCAAGCCAAGCUCUUCCUUCUGCAAAUACCUGAGCCUUCAGAAGAUGAUACCGAGACCAAGUGUAUAUUUGACCAAUCAAAUGGAAGUGAAGGUAAUCAAUGUCCCUAUGACCUGAAGACUAUAUUCGGAUUCUGGAGAUAUUGGAAUGAGCUGUGCGUAGUCGUCUACCCAAAAUUACAGAAUAUAACGUUCGCCAAAUGUGAAAGAAGGGCUGGCUGCUGCGGAAGUGGAACGAAGUGUGCCCUUACCGGGUUUGUCAGGAGGCCCUACCUGAUAUACUGUGACAGGUAUUACCCCUAUUGGCACCCUUCAGUUGAAGACAGGACACCGGAUGUUAUCAGAUCAGAUAUUUUCCUCCACUAUGAUGUUGACGAAGACGACAUACCAAGUUAUGAGCUCGAUCACGCGAACACCGGUUUAGGUCUGUUCUUCCUCAGGCAUGACUUGUUACCUCAGGGUUGUAACUGUUUGAUACGAGCGUGCAAGAAAUUCACAUACGGAUAGAAAAAAAACGAUUUAUUCUCAGCAAUGUACUCCCCGCUGUCUGCUUUUGGUGUCAGGGUUUUGCUUAUUUUGGAUCUUAGCAUUUUCUUCAAAAUUACCAGUCUAUGCCUAAACUAUCUCUUAAGCAUCCAUUGUUUAUUUUUAAGUUGAAACAUGAAUUUCGGCUGUCCUCUUUACGUUUCCAUACAUUUCGAUAUAGAAACAAUAUAAGGUCAUCGCUAUGGUUCAUUUCAUUCGUUUUUAAGGAAAGUUUUCAAGAAAAAUAAACUAUGAUAAAAAACUAUUUCACUUCCAUCAUUUAUGACUAUUCGAUCGAUAUCCAUAUUAAUCAAUUAAUAUAUCUGAUCAAGUUUAAUGACACAUAAACACACGAAUAAUAAUGUGCUUAAAUUGUGUAAAUGCAUUUACCAUAGCUGAAGGCGGCCAACAACUUUUUAAAUCCAAACAUCAGUGUUCAAUAAUCAACACUCCCAUACCAAAUUUGUAGGCUGAAUUCUUUAUUUGAUUUAUUUACACAUAUAUUUUUUCUUAACAGACAGUCCGUUUAAGUAAAGUACUUAUCGCAAACGACCAUUUUACAUCUUUACGGAAAUAUUCCCAUAGAAGGGUAGAUUUUGUCAACAAUAUUCGCAAGCAGGUAGGGACAUGGUGUUAUGAAAUUUCGCGAGACCAAAUAUAUUUCCUCAAAAGUAUGUCUGAAAAACACUCCAAAGAAAAAGCUGUUCAAA